AUGUCAAUUUUUACAAAAUUACGAGAAUUCGAUGCGUACACGAAACCGAUGGACGAUUUUAGGGUUAAAACCCUUACUGGCGGAAUGGUGUCCGUCAUAGCAUCCGUUGUGAUUGUUCUCUUAGCAAUUCAAGAAACUAGUCAUUAUCUUGCUGGUGACGUAGUAGAGCAGUUAUAUGUGGAUUCUACAACUUCUGACAUAAAGCUUGAUGUACAUUUCGACAUCACUUUUCAUAGAUUACCUUGUGCAUUCAUCACUGUGGAUGUGAUGGAUGUCACUAGCGAGAAUCAGGAUGAUGUACAGAAUGAUAUUUUCAAACUGCGAUUGGAUAGGCAUGGCCAGAAUGUUACUAGUGACGUUCAGAAAAUUGGGGUUAACAGGAACAGCACUGCGGGUGACGUUGCCGUUACAACACCGAAAUGCGGCAGCUGCUAUGGAGCGUUACCCGCCGGAAGUUGUUGCAAUACCUGCGACGAAGUGAAAGAAGCAUAUCAGUUGAGGGGUUGGCAAGUGAAUAUAGAUGAGGUGGUGCAGUGUCAGUUCGAUCCAUGGUUGAAGAAAAUGAAGGAUUUUGAAGGCGAAGGAUGUCGUGUUUAUGGGAAAAUUCGUGUGGCUAAAGUCGCUGGAAAUUUCCAUCUUGCCCCUGGAGAAGCACACAGGGUCAUGAGAUCGCAUGUUCACGAUUUUCACAGUCUUGACCUUACUCGCUUCGAUACCGCUCAUCGAAUAAAUCACCUAGCCUUUGGAGAAGAAUUUCCUGGGAAGGAGUAUCCAUUGGAUGGGAAGAAUUUCGAUGAUGGCAGACCGGCUAUAAUGCAUAAUUACUAUGUGAAGAUUGUUCCUACUAGUUAUGUGUAUAUGGAUGGCCGAGUGGAGAACAGCCAUCAGUUCUCGGUUACAACCCAUCAAAAGGAUAUAGCGAAAGGGGUAAGUGGAAUUCCUGGCUUUGUGGUGCAAUACGAAUUUAGUCCACUAAUGGUUCGACGAGAGCUGAAGCGACAGCAUCUUAUCACUUUCCUUGUUUCUCUGUGUGCCAUAAUUGGAGGAGUUUUUACGGUUGCACAGUUAAUAGACUCUGUGAUCUAUCGUUCUUCGCGGGUUUUCUUGCAAAAGCUUAGCUUAAAUAAACUUGGCUGAUGUGGUUCUCUAGACUUACGCGGCAUGUUGUACUCAAUGGUUGCGUUGUUGUGGAUAUAGUAUUUAUUUCCCUUUUUUCCUGUUCGAUUCCAAUCAGUGCCUUCAGGUGGGAGCUAAUAUUGUUCUAAUCUUGACUUAACUGUUGUUUUCCGUUGUUAAAUUAAAAAAAGUGAACUGCAUGCAUUGUUAUUGGUCUGUGAUCUUAUUGUGGUCAAGAGCAAUUUAAUAUGUACAGAAUAAAAUUUCUAUCC